UUUAAGGUUUCUACAAUAUUGUAUCAAAAAGUAGGCUUAAACUAGUAAGAAAAAAUGUAGGUGUGGUCCACAAAACUUUCGAAUUUUUGAUCUGUCACGUUACAUGUUAUUUGUUUUUCAUUACUUCACAAUUAAAAAUAAGCAUUAAUCCAUUUUCAUCUUAAACUUUCAAGCAAUAUCAUCAAAUUUAUAUUAGACUGCGAUGGAAAAAUGUGGUUUCAGGCAAAAAGUUGAAAAUAUGGAUUUUACUUACCUUUUUAUCUCCUUACGGUGUUUUAGUCAUUUUCAGGUCAUGCAAGUAGCAUCAAAAAUCUUUUAUAAAUGACAGACAUGGAAUUUUUUAUGGGCAUAUUCAUAUUUUUAACAAGAGGUUAUAUACAUGCGGAAAACAUACAGUGUGACGCAAAAUUUGAUAAAAAAUAAUGUCGCCUGUGGUUGCCAUUUUCGGAGCCUUGACCAUAUGUGCAUUCUACUCCAUGGCUACUGUUAAUAGCGCCAUACAGUUCAGCGAGCCCCUCGGCGCCCAUACAGCAAAUCAACAUCAACAAACCGCGCCCUUCGCCUUCUCGAGGGAUUGGCACGAAUAUCGGUCACGGACAAGACAGUCAGAUAGGAAGAAAGAAAAAAAGUCAAGUCAUUCGGUAAAAAGUAGCGUAAGCUAGAACACAUUUUCACAAUUGUUAUAAAUUAACCCAAUUCUCAAGUUAAAUAAUUGUUCCCAUUUCUAACUAAAUCUACCCUAACUGUACUGUGGUAAGUUUAAUUAUAUUAGAUGUUUAUAAAUACCUAAAAUUGAACCUAACAGGAAUUAAAGCUACGGUACGGAUAGAGUUAGUGCGGGUAGGAAACAGUACGGAUACAAUUUAUACGGAGAAACAGUACGGAUCGAAGACUGUGCGAACAAUACCAUUAGGAGCACAUUUAAAUUACAAUUUAAAUAGACUUCGAAACCGAACAGGUCAUUAAGGACACAGACUGAUUACUGUACGGGUACGAUUUCGACAGCUCUGAACGGCAGCGAAAACAUUAACAGUAAGAAUUUGUAUUUAUACUCUAAAACUUAAUCCUAACACAAUAUUAUCCUCCAUGCAGGAAUUUAUAAUCCAACCUUGAUUCACAACGAAUAAAGAAGAUUCAUAGAUUUGCUAGUUUUCACUGCUGUCCGGCAACAUCUUAUAAAAUUCUGUUACGAGAAUUGCUUCACGGAGGAAGGAUGUCAUCCAGGAAAGCCAAAUCCGGAUCCAGCAAGAAGACGGUCGAUAAGGUCACCCCAGGUGGUGACGCGGCAGUUGACGGUCACAACGUCCAAGCGACUACGACUGAGCUGCAGAAGGACGAAACGAACGCUAAGGAUUCGGCGAUUAAAGUGUUUGUCCAUCCUCCCCCUAGCGAACAGGUAAAUGAUAAAGUUACCAAUGAAUCCAACCGGCCGGGAGCAAAUCCUAAGGAAAAGGAUACCGCCGAGAAAAAUAAAACGAACGUAGUCAAACGUAAUCCGUUCCGCCGCGUACGAAAGAAUCGGGUCGGUCAUUGUCAAGUGUGUGAUGAGCGUGAUAAUAGUCGAAUGGUUCAGUGUGACGGUUGCAAUGAGUGGUAUCAUUUCUCGUGUGUAGAAGUGUCAGAAGGGAUUGCUGACGUGAGCUGGAUCUGCAUGAACUGCGAACACGCAAAGGAUCUAACCCCUUCCCCUCUGCAUACCCCCAACGUAAGCAGUACAACAUCCACUGUACGGUCAAAGAGCAAGGCAAGCAGCAUCGGAAGUCAGGCCAAACGGAGACAAGCUUUGGAACUACAAUGGUUAGAGGAGGAAAAGGAGUUGGAACGACGAUAUUUAGAACUCAAGUACAAGAUUCUGUUAGAGGGCGGUAGCGACUGCUCGUCGAUUGUUAGUGAACCCCAAUCAGUAUCAAUGUCGAAGGUGAAGAAGUGGAUAGACGACACGGAUGGAUACGGCGGGAAGGUUGACUGCGGAUCUGAAGCCGAGGAACUAGAGAAACGUCCACCGAGGAACUCGACUGCGUCUGUAGAGCACCAGGUUCCGGUUCCAGAUCAGCAGCGUGCGACCCAAGUUAAUAUCCAACUCCGGCGACCCGCACAACUUGUUUCCGGCCAACAAGAGACUCGGCCAAUUUUCGGCAGCUCCCAUAUGCGACAAUCAGUCGCUCUUGCACCGGAGGCUGGAUCAUGGGCCGAAGUGAAUGCGUUUGUACCAGGUCAACGUUCCACCCCGUUGGGCGACCAUCCCUCCCAGCGCAUGGGCUUAGUGACGACACGGCUUGUGUGUUGA